CUUAUUACAAAGUUUAGUUACACCGGGUUCAGCUCUCGCUAUGCAGUUUGCAAUGAAGGGCUUCCUUGUUAUACUUUACUUGAGCUUAUUCUAUCACAGCGUCCACUGUCAAGAUGAAGAAUUUGAUGAAGUCCAAAGAGAAGAAGAUAAGCUACCACAGUAUCUUAAAGAUGAUGGAAUUCGGCGAGUCGCCAAGCUAACGAAAGACCACUUUAACAAGACGUUGAGAGCGAGUCGAAUGAUGGUAGUUUUAUUUUAUUAUUCGAGCAGCGAAAAGCCAGAUCCUGAAGCUGAUCGAUCGUGGAAAACGGACCAAAAGAUGCUUGAGGUAGGAAGUCUUCGUAGCAAAGGUUUUAGAUAAGUCUCAGAUGGAAGCUCACAUUACUCUGAUACAGCAAUCGGUCAGACGAGGUAGUGAUAAUACUUAUCAUGUAUAUUUUGCACGUGAAAUCGUUCACAGUUCUUUGUUAUUGUCUCACUUGGAUUUAAAAUAAUUAAUUUUGUUGAAAAUUUAUUUCUCGUGUCUUUUGUGAGGGAAUUCAAGUCCGUGUUGAAGUUUACCAACAGAAACAAAUUUACGAAUUAGUUUUAUCUGAGAGAUAAAACUCUACGGUUUUUCCUGUGGGAUUUGUUUUCAUAUUCACAUCAGCUUAACUUAAUUAUUUUCGUUUCCAAAUUUUCAUGCGGGUUUCAUUUCAUGGGUGAUAUGGCAAAUUAGAUGCUUUCAACUUAAAGCAUGUGAAUCCUUGUAAAUUUAACGCAUUCAUGGAGGCGACAAAGUACGGAAUAAACAAAAAUCUUUUCAGAUAAGAAAUUUUGAAAUUAUAGUUACUGUUUGUUCUGAAACAAAGAUCUCUCUCCGCUGAAAACUGUCAAUAAUUGAUUAGCCAGUUCUAAUUGAUGGUGUAAAUUGUUCUUCAAUAAUAGAUGAUUUUUGAAAAUCAAACACAUUUUGCUGUCAUAAUAUUUUUCCUUCUCUCUGAUUUUGGCAUAAAUGACUUUGAACAUCUUGUUUUUGUGAAAAGUGAAAUUGUUCCAAAAUAGAUAGGGAAUUUUUUUUAUUUUCGGUUUCAAAUUUUGAGGUUAUAAAUGGAUACAAUAUUCGGUUAUUUAGUUAAUUAUAUCAACAUCAAAAUCUAUUCAAGUUCUCAGUUGUUCCUUGCCAUGAGAUUUAUUUUGUUUUUGACAGGUUUAUAAAUGGUAAGAUUUACUUUGUAGCCAGUUAAGCACUAAAGAAAUUAGGGCCUUAAAAUGAUUGGAUCACUGGCCAGACUGUCAAGUUAAAACUUAAAUUGAAAUGUAUAAGGAAAAAAAAAGGAGUGAGCAGCUGUGUCUUGGGAGAUUUGGUCUCUGAUAAACUGUGCUUUCCACAGGAGGUUUUUGUUUGAAUUGAGAGGAGGUGAAACUCAUGCUGCUACAUAAAUUCUUUGCUGCCCAAAAAAACAACAGACAAACAAAUUGAGUAAUCUGGCUUUAUCAACUGAGUUGAUAAUUUAAAUAGGCCAAUGUAGAGAGUUUCUAAGCUGAAGCUGCAAGCUUUAAAGGUUCAUGCGAGGAUUUGAAGGAGUGGUGUGUGUGACUAGCAUGGUUUUAUCUUUCUGUUUAUCAACAACAAAGAACUUCCAAUUUCUCUUUCCACUCUGAUGAAGAGUGAAGAUGCUCAAAAUGUCAGCCUAAGAAAUUCUUUACAGUGGCUAAUUUACAUUAUCAACUCAGUCAAUAAAACCAAAUUAUCUAAUCAUACCCCCCUUCCCCCCUCCCACCCCACCCCACUGACUUGGCACUAUAGUUUCUUUAGAAAAUUACUAUCUUAAGACAAAUUAGGAACAUUAAUAAGCCUGAGGAAAAACGAAAGUCCUAAAAAAAAUACUUUUGAAAAUACAAAAAUACAAAUAAUAAAAAACAAAAUACCUAAACAGAUUGAUGAACUUGAGAAAAAAAUUCUAAAACUUAAUAUUUGAAACAGACACAAACAAACCUAAAAAAAAAAAAACAGACAAUGUAGAAAGGUAAAGUUGAGAAAGAAAACAAAAAUAAAAAUAUAUCUAUUUUAAAAUGUCACUCCAUUUAUCUUCUUGCCCCUCGACCCUUUGACUUCUAAAAGUAAUCAGCAUCUAAUUUCUCCUCACGGUAUCAUCCCUUGAAUCACACAUUAAAAUCAUAAGAACAGGAGAAAUUAUCACCAACUAAAGAAGCUCUUGACUGUUAAACAAAUUCUCCUUGUCAGCACCUUAUGAAAAAAAUAGAGAACAGUAGGGAGAAUAUACCUUCUAAUGCUAUGGUGUAAAGAGUUAACCAGAUUUUUCUAGGUUCUUUUUCAAAAAUCAUUGCCAUGAAGAAGACAAGCAGUAUGCAGUCGAAACGUCGCAAUCUACAUCACACAUGACUACAUCAUGAGACAAACGAAAAACUUAGCUUUUUAUUGUUAUUCACCACGAUGAAUAACCACAACCUUUUCCAGGUUUUUUUUGUUUGAAACUUUUAACCCUUUCACUCCCACAAGUGACCAAUAGAGAAUUUCUCCUUACAAUAUCAAUACAAUAUCAAGCAGGCAGGUGAUGAGAAUAGAGAAGAAUAUCAAUCAUGGGAUUAUUAGUCGAUCCAAUACCAAAUUUUCUGAACUAACAUCAUAAGAAUUGUAUGGCAGAUAGUAAGGAGAAUUACUUAUUAGAUCUUGGGAGUGAAAGGGUUAAGGUAGUCGUAGCUUCAAUGGCCUUCUUAUGAAGAGUUUUCUUUUCCCAAAUUGGUAUAAUUCCCUUGGUGCUCUAUUUUAAAAUUAGUUAGUCUCAGCACUUCCCAGAGGUAUAACAAGCAGGUGACACUGUAAGUGUAACACAGGGUGUGAAACAAAUUUUCCAAGUUGACAGACUUGACAUGUAUAAACAUCUUUUUCGAUGAUUUAGUAUAUAAGAUGUGCAAAUAUUAGUAAGGCAAAUUUCCAGCAGUGCUUAUAAUAUAUUGACCAACAGAAGUUGCCAUCUAUAAUAUUUCCCUUCCACAGAUUGUAGCUCGAGUUCUUCAACCCCAGGGUGUCACAGUUGGUGUGGUUAAUGUUGCUGAAAACAUGGAGCUAGUAAAAGAAAUGGGUAUGUGUUACCUUAAUCAACAAUAUAUUAUCUGAAGCAAGAACACUGAACAAUUGAGAUAUUAAGCAAGUGGGAAGUUUGGAGAGUACAAAAAAUACCUAAGAAUUGCUCAAGGCACAAAAGAGAGAAAAUCAGGUGUCUUUGGUGCUCAUCAAGCUUUCUGAGUACAGUCAAACCUUAAUUAUCUGGACUUGUUGGGACUGAGUUGAUUAGUUUGGAUAAUUUGAGCCUGCAUAUAUAUGACAAUAUGAUGUUAAUGAGCCAAAAAUAAAACUGAGUAUGCACCAUUUGAAUUAUUGUGCAUCACUGUUAAGAUUUGCAAAAAGUUAUUAAAGCCAACUUACAGUGCUGACAGCCUAAAUGAGGAUGUAAAUCAGUUUGUAUCAAACUGCUACAGCAUGUAUGCAUCACUAAUUCUAUCAAUCUUUGAAGCUCCAUUCAUUUAAUAGAAUUAUAGCAUCAACAUUGCCUCAUUACAUGUGCUUUGUUGAUGCAAAAAAUUGUCACAGAUCUGGAAUAUGACUUGUUACUAAUAUUAUUCAUAACAAAUGGGACCAGAGAGGUGUGUCCAAAUAUGUAAAAAAAAAAAUCUAGAUUAAUCAAGGUUCAACUUUAUUUCAUAUCUUGGUGAAUGCACAACUUACACAUGAAUCAAUUAGCCUUUUAACUCUCAAGAUCUGAUUGUCAAUUCUCCCCUCCAGCUGCUACAUAUUUCCCUUUUAAUUAGUUACGAGAAUUUGGUGUUAAAUCAAGAUACAACUUCUACCUGAUAAGUAUGAGUAUUCUCAUUACCUUUUUGCUGGAUAAUGUCAGUAUGCAUAUUCUCCUUACUCUUUUCAAUACAUUUCCUAAGGUGCUGACAAGGAGAAUUUGUUUAUCAAUCAAGAGAAUAUUUAGUUGGUGAUCAUUUCUUUUAUUCUCAUGGCCUUACUGUGUGAUGCAGGAGUCAUACUGUUUGGAGAAAUUUUAUGCUAAUCACUCUUAGGGGUUAAAGGAUUAAAGGGUUAAAGGUAUAACAUUAUCAACACAGAAUUUUAAUCUCCCUUUAAGGAGAAAUUUUCUCUGCCAUGCUUCAAUGCAGACAGGUCAUCAGUAAGCAUAAUGGGAGUAAUUGAAGCAUGCUUGCACUUUUGAUUUUGAAUUUAACAGUUUAUGUCAUAAUUUUUGUUGAAGUCUGGUGGUGAAAGGUCAAGACAGCAAAUUGUACACAAAUGGCAUUCACCCAUCUACACCCAUCUCUCUCCUCAAAUGUGGCUAUACAAUGAACAUUUCAGUUAACCCUUUAACUCACAUGAGAGUUACCAGGACAGAAUUUCUCUAAAUGCAAUAUCAAUACAAUACCAAGAAGAGAAGUGACAAGCAUGAAUGAAAAUAUCAAUUAUGGGAUUAUUAAUUGAUCCAAUACCAAAUGCUCUGAAGUGACAUCAUCAGACUGGGAGCAAAAUUGUUAAAAAUCAUUCUUAAUUGCUACAUGUUUGGACAAAUAUUUAAAAAUUUUUUUCCAUCAGAUGUACUUUACAUUUCAAAUAUGAAUUUUCUAACUAACUGCAGGUGUGAAAUACUCUGGAGCAAUUAUGGUUUAUCAUAGAGGAAAGAGAAUAGAAUAUUUUGGACACAGGUAAUGGAAUAUAAGAAAUGAAAACUGUUAUAUGUUUCUAUUGAUAGUGGCUGGACAUGCAUUGAAUUAUCCAUCAUGAACUUCUUGAUAGUUAAGCCCUAGAUGUCCCAUAAAACAGUGUAGUGAGUAUAACUCAUUUGUAUUUUAUUGACAGGUCAGCUGAUGUUCUUGUGGGAUUUCUUCACAAGGUAUGUUUGAAAUCCUUUGGCUACAUGUAUAUCUGUACUUGUUUUUCAAAUUGCUCCCAGGCUUGAGGUUUGAGGUGAUAAAGAAAUAUUAUUUUUUAGAGAAAGAUGUUUCUGUGUUUCUUGCCAUGAGUGUGGGGAAAAAGAAAAAAUUCUGAGUCCCCUUGAGGAAUCAAACCUCAGACCUUCAGAUUCCUCAUGUGGACUCAGAAGUUUUUUUCAGUCCCACGCUGUGUAGAGAAGACAAAAAAACAUCUUUCUCUAUUUCGUAACCAAGCUCAAAACUUACGAUCUCUUUUAUUCUAUUUACAAGAAUUAUUUUGGUUACACCCUUUUUAUUCUACUUAAAAUGAUGUCGACUUUCUAAUCUGGUGUUAAUAUAGACAGUCAAUUGCUAUUUUACUAGCUGUUUGGAAAAUGCUGGUGAUAUACAUUUUGAUUACAUCCAUUUUGCAAUCACUGGUGAUCCUUGCAAUCUGAUUGGCUCUCAGCCAUGCGAUUUAUUCUUAAUGUAAACAAUCAACCAGUGCUAUUUUACAGGCUUAAUGGACCCUGCUGGUGAAAAAACCCUUUAAAAAUAUUUUCCAUUUUCUGUAAAUGUUUGUGUAUGGUAUUCUCUCCCAGCUUGAAUCUUUACUAUAAAAUGUUCUGGGAUUAUCUUCAGAGCAUCUUCACAGCUUUCACAUUCUCCCAUUGGCCCCUUUGUGGAGAUUACAAAGGACCAAUCGGAACGGCCACAAAGACCACCGUUUAAAAAAGACCAAUUUUUCCUCACGUUGUCUUCCCGAGAGCCUGUGACAAAUACUUCAAAAUCUUUCAGGAUUUGUUUUUGUAACAUCCUGUAAGGUUUUUUUCUCGGGUAUUAGUUUGUCAAUUAUAAAGAAAUAUAAAUGGUUUAUGUAAGCAAUAAACUGCACUCUCUAUCGGUAUGCCGGCGUAAUAAUACACGCAGGAUGCAGUUCUGUAGUUUCGGUAAAACUUGAAAACUACAGAAGCUAACCAUUCAGUACUAUGACUGUUCUUUGAUGGGCUUCUCCGCCAUCAGAUCCAGACCCAGCGUCUAUUUCUGAUAUGAAUGACAUUUGCGAACAACAGUCUCUUUAUGUAAUGUAAACUCUCGCCUAGUUUUUAUUUUUGGAAACAUGAGUCACAAUAAAACGGUAACUUACUGCACAUUUAGUUACAGCUGCACUUUUCGUCUGAGUGAUGGAAACCAAAGAAAUUAAAAAUUGACCACAAAGGUCAGGAUGAACGACUUUUCUGGGCUGAUUGCACAUAAUUGCUAUUUAUGGUAAUACGAAUUUCAACAAUUACUCUCGUCCCACUUUCUACCAUGUUCGACUACUUUUGACAAAAUUUUCUAUGGAAAAAAUACAACUCAGAUAAAUGCAUUUAUAAUAAUAUGUAAUUCAAUUAUGUGUCCUAUACUCUUAAGUUGUCUUUACAGGUGUCUCAAUUUUUUGGGAAGAAGAACGUCUACAUGCACAUGUUUCUAACUGAAUAUCCAGUCUCUUACGUAUUGAACUUUUUUUCUUCUAUUCCCCAUAAUUCCCUUCCCCCGCUCCCCCUUUUACGUCCUAAACAGGUCCUCUCUUCUCCGAUGACAACAUUUAAAACCUUAAUUUGUACAGUUACUGGUAGAAGCAAAUUCUAGCUGCAACAUUUCCUGCCUGUUGGAGGCGUUCGGUUCUAUAGGUGUCACCGCUGUCUUAUCCCUCAACGACACGCGAAACGAGUAGUCUAACACUUGUGAACCGACGGCCUGGUGUGUAUUUUGUUCAGGUUUGAGAAGAAUUACGUAAAUUUUUGGACCUAGCAUGCAACUUAAUAGUCCAUAUGAACUGACAAGUACCAUGGUGCAAGUCAAGUUUGUUGCAUGGGAACCCCUUAGGCCAAUGUCAAUAGGGAAGUAUGCUACACUUGAAAGUAGUAAGAUGUACAUAGAGAAUCCAAUGUACCUGGCUUCGUUAAAGUUUUCAGGAAGUGUUCUAGCUUUGAAGGCGUAAUAUGUACAAGCCACCGCAAGAAGAGACGUGUACACAGAUAUGGCGAUUUGAAAACUCAUUCCAACGGACGAUUGAUGCAAAGAACACGAGAGAAGAAUUAAACCUCUAUUUGUCUGUAUGAUCCGUUGCUGGUGUGGUGAGUCCAAAGUAAUCCAUAACGAGCAGAAUACAGCUGGUGGAAAUAUUAACAUCAGAACAAUAAAGGUUUGUCUCUUUGUGGAAAGAAUAAAGAUUUUGAAUCUCUCGGCCAUAACGUUUAUUUGGAAUGCGCUGAGUAUCUUCAUGGUCUUAAUUAUCAGUAUGGAGAUGAUUGUUACAAGAACCAUGGGUCGCCAGCAGUGAAGCAAAGCGCACGUAAAGCUCGAAGGCUUGCUGAGGGAUAAAAUAGACGAAGAAAAGGACAGUGUGAUUGUAAACAGAAGGAUAGAACUUAACUCGCGAUUAGCUGCUUUGACAAGGGGAGUGUUCCAAAAUUUAAAGAGAAUGAAACUGCAAAUGGCAAGGAGAAGGAAUCCAGCAGUCGCAAACAGAACGAUAAGGACAGACGCGGGACUUGACCACAUGACUUCUACUUCAGGGAGAUCCAAGCAUUUUGACCUCCGUUCAUCGGGCUUUUGUCCACGGGGACAUAAGGUGCAAUUCAUAUCAUUCACUCCAGCGCUAACAGUUCCAUCCAGACAUUUUUGGCAAGUCCAACAGCAAGAGGUCGUCGGCAACUGAUAUUCACCAGCAAGGCAAUCUCUAUGGCAGAAUGACUUUGGAAUAAUUUUGUGACCUGCCGCGGUAUUCCACUUUAUGCCGGAAACGUUUAACUGAAUUCCCUUUCGACUUUCAUUCCACGAUCCGAUGGCUAAUUUGAUUAAAUCGGAGUUUUCAUUCAUCUGAAAAUGUACAAUAUCAUAAGACGAUAUUUUAGGGUCUCCAAACUGAUCAAAUUGGAUUUUCCCAGUUACUCCUGGAAAGGCGACUUGGCGAAGAUGCGCCUUGAGUUUCUUUGGACCGACUGUGGGAUAGAUUUGACUUGAGUUGUGAAUAGCAAAGGCAACAGCAAACACGGCAUCUACCAUAUAGGGAAUGUAGCUGUUGUAUACCGAACUAAUAACUGUGUCAUUGGAAGAUGAAUUACCUUUUUGCUUCCAAAACUCUUUCCACCAAGGAGCAGAGGCACUUUCCUCUUGUAAGGACUUGAUGGAUUCUUUGAUCAAGAAAUCUUGGAAAUAUUGAACAUCAAAAUGACUAAGUUCAAUACCAAGUGACCCAUGGACAACUCCUUUAUAUUCGUCUUUCAUUUUCAUAAGCUCCUCCCCUCCAGCCGUCAAACUAUCGCUGAGAAUCCAGGUGCGGUCGUACAUUUUCUGUUUUGCAGCUUCCUCAAACAAUCGGCGUCCAUAUCCUCUUAAUAGCCAGAGCACCACAACGUGAACAUUUGAGUGGCUUCGAAGCUUCUCCACGGUUCUUUCUAGCUUUGUUACGUACUUUUCUCUUGGUAUGUAAUCUGCAAAAGAAAGGCAAAAUGUCUGCCUUUUGCCUGCCUCAGUUUCCAAGCUCCGGACCCCAUUUCGACCGUAAGAAUCGUCCAUUGCCACAGCAGCCACAUAGCUCCAAUUGAAGUAAUCUAUUACAUCGGCCAUUGCCUUCGCCUGCUUUCUAUCGGGAGGAACAGUGCGAAAAAAGUAACUGUAUUGCGGGGAGCUUAACUCAUCGCUUGUUGCCGAGUAACUGAUAAGUGGGAUUUCAGCCACUUGUAAAAGGCUCCCUACAAAGAUUGCAGCCCCUGAAUCGGUCGGACCAAUCACAGCUGUUAUUGGAGUAGGUUUCUUCUGUUCUGUGUUACUCUUUGAUGCACCAACGAACCUGGCGUUUUGAAAUUCUGAUGCCAAUUCAUUUUUCCGGACAAAAUCGUACGUGUGUUUCAUUGCCUUUACAGUGCUUGUGCAGUAGUCUCGAAUGUCAUAUCCUAGAGUCACAUUUUGAAGCAGGUGUGGGUUCCUGUUGAUUGUGUCGAUGGCGAACUUCAUAGCUUCCACAUGGCCAAGUCCUGCUGAAGAAAAAUCACUGCAUUCGCCAUCAUCAUUGGUGUGGUGUAGUGUAAUCAAAGCUCCAAUUGUGAUGUCGCCAGGCAGAUGAUAACGAUCUUUACUUGUCGUCCCUGACGACGUCUGAAAACCAUAGGACACCACUACCGAAAGUAACACGCAAUUGUUUACGAACAUUUCGCAGAAUGUUUUUCCCUGUUACAAAGGUAAAAAGAAUUACUUGAUUAACUUGUAGUUUUAGAACAAAUCAUCGGAAAAAUGACUUAUCGAGUUAGAGAGAUUAACCGAAAAAGUCACGCUCGCUUAUUGUCUCCUGGUUUUGGACGGCGGUAAGUAUUAAUGUAGACAUAGCAAGCGGAGGAAUCGAAUUUGAUGCAGUAUCGAUAACAGCAUAUAGUCUUUACUUUGGGCUCACCAGUGAAUGUGUCAGGUAGAAAGUUUUUCUUUAAAAGGAAUCAAGCGAAAAAAGUUUGCUUUCGAUUUUGAAGUGACCCGAUUAAGAUUUGAGUUUUAAGCGAAAACAUUGACAAAUUACAUUAAUUUAUAAUAUUAUGUGUGGACACAUGUUUGUGGAACAGAUAUAAUUUGAAUUUUUGAGCGUUACAAUUAAAAAAUCGUUCUUGUUUCAUUUUGGUUUAUGGCAGAUGUUGUCUAAGUUUAACUGAAAUAUUAGAAAAAAUUCGAAUGGAGGAAUUAAGACGCACUAUUAGACGAGUAGUUUUUCAAGACGAAUUACAUCUCUCUUUAAGAAACUUCACGGCUUUUCUGGUUUAAUUUACCUUUUCAAGAAGUGUCGGCUAAAUUGAAGGAAACCUAACAUAAUGCAUAAAGCUUGUCAUUCUUUUGUGUCAAAUCAAUUUAAUUAGUUCUUGAGUGGUUUGUGGAAACAUUUUAAGGAAAUAUUUGGGUUGUAUUCCUUUCUCGCACUUUGGUCUACCUUUCGCACCAAAUUGGCAUUUAUGUUGCUUAAACCGUCAUUUUUGCGCCCGUUUUCUAGAGAGAGUAAAAAAGUUACUAAGUACAGUUAGGUAGAUUGGUGUGGACGUCCAAGAACAUGUAUUUUGAGAAUUCCAUUGUCGACUGACUAUUCACUAAGCAAUAAAAAUAAAAUUUUUGAAAAUAGAGAAGAAUGGAAUUAGCGCUUUCCACUUAUUUCCUUAUUUAUGUGUAUUUAGCUUGUGACGCAUUUUAGAAAGAAUAGGUGUAUAGCACCGAAAACAAAACUCGCACGCUUAAAAACCGUGAGUGAAUCCUUGCCUGGUCAGCAAAAGCUUUUUUGCGCCAAAUUUUGUGGACUUAAAGUCCAGGAUACAAUUAUCCUUUCCGGUAGUAUCUUUCAUCUGGCGCCAUCUUAUUGUCAAGAACUCUGAUGUGGGACAAUAGCUUUUUCUAUCUGUUUUAGUCUGCAAAAAAUCUUCGUGUCAAUUUCUUUCUUCAUUCAUCGAGAAUUAGAAUUUUACUGCAAGUCGAAUGUUUAGGUUUGAAAGGUCCUUAUCCGAGGCAGAUACAACUAUUGCGAGUCAUCUGGACCCUUAGGCACAUGUACUCUAUUUACGACAUAAGCGGAGGUUUGCGAUGGGCGUUUGUUUUUGUAAUUUUGGCAGUUGUGGAGAACUCAACUUACUGAAAUUAAAGCCACCAGCUUGAGCUUAUUUUUAUGCGAGUUAUCUUGAGGACCCUAGUUUAUCCGAUAAUGGUAGUCCUACCUUUGCAAGGGCGGCAUGUAGUCGUGUCACAAGUUUCAGCUUAAUUUCAGUCGAAAAAACUUCCUUAUUCUAAUGCAGUCCAAUUGAACUUAACUAGCGGGUGACACAUUUGUGAAAAACAAGUGUGUGACAUCUAAGUGAAGGUAGGAAAGCUCUUUGACAGCUGAGCGACGUUUUGAAGCAAUGGUUGUUAAACACACUAGUAAUUUAACAACGGAAUAUCAUUUAUUUUUGCAGUUUCCAUGACAAUUUCUUUGUUCUCAAUUAAGGAUAAUUUUUAUUCUUUAUUUCCUUUGGUAUAAGUUAUUUACUUUACUAAUUUGGAAUUUAAGGUAUCACAGAUGGAAAAACCUAAUUUUUUUUCUCAAUUUCCUAAACAUUUAAUAUCUAAUGAGAAAAAAUAAGAUUUAUCAACUUCUGAAAAUUUCAUUUUGCUCUCUUUUUUACUUCAGGAACUAAUUAUAAAGCAUAAAGUAAUUUGAGAGUAGAAAGGAAGGCGCGAGAUUGAUGUCCCUUCGUGUUAACUUCUUCUCGUCGCCUAAAUAACGAUUUAAAAACCACUAUUGAUUUACAACGCAAAACUUGCUUAUUCUAAUGUAGUCAAAUUGAACAGAAGUAAAAUGUCUUUAAAACGGCAUGUCUUGACAACCCUUCUUACAUCUCAGAACACGAAAAUUAAUAAGUUGUUUCUUACCUUUACCUUCCAAUGUUUGUUUUCUGUUCGUUGAGUGUUCUUGGUUUCAAAUUUACGUGAAAACUCAACAGUAACGAAUAUUAACAGCCUUUCUUCUUCCGUAUUCGUGAGAGUAAAUAGCAAUUUACAUCACCGACAGAUAGAAAAGGCUGCUUUUGGAAGAUUUUUGACAAGUAUAUUUGAAGUGCGGCAUCUGAACGAUAUAAUCUUACAACUUCCUCCGUCAAUCAAUCAUUUUAUUUAGUGAUGCAGGUCGCAAAAGUGACAGCCAUGAGGCUAAUGUGGACCUACAGAUUAUCCAGAUUCCGUGUGACUGAUUUAAAGAGGAAACAACCCACCGUGCUUAACUUCUUUAUGUAUGGAAUUGAAGUUGUCAUAAAUGAGCGUUUCAUAUCGACAUCAUUGUCACGUCAUGUGGAUCAUGUUAUUUCUUGAUAUGAUCUAUUUUGAAUUGAGUCGCCAUUUCUGAGACAUGAAGAGUCUUUUUCACGUUUUGUACGUGUCAAAACCAACUGAAGCUUUAAAAUGAAAAGAGUUUGAAAUCUCUAUCGAUGAAUCUAAGAUCGUUAGCCUGACAAGAAGGGCAUGUGAAGAAUUGGCACGUUUCCAUAUAAAAUUGUUAUUAUGAACUUCUUAAGCGCUCAAUCCUUUUUCGCGGCUAUAUGUGUGUUAUUCUCUUCCAUAGCCAGAGUGCAUUUCGAUUGAGUGUCGAAAACUAAACGAAAGGUAAUAGCAAAGCCAAUCAAAACAAAAGGAAAAAAUUGCAAGGAGCAUGAGCGAAUCAAGGGAAAAAGUAAACUAUCAGAAGCGCGGGAAAACGCGUGCGACUAAGUCGCAAUUGGUUUUAAUUUGAUUGAUUUGAUCGGUUGAAAAAAUGGAGCGAAUUUUUUCUGGGCCAAUCAUAAUGCGAAGUGAAGCAAAGCUAAAGCAAUCCUGGAUUAACUUUGACACUUAAUUCAAAAUUGUUUAUCGUCGGUGUAUGUAAGUACUAGCGAACCUUUUUUUUUUAAUUUUACUUAAUUUUUUAGUAGAAAUGAAAACAGCAAAACAUAUCGCCGCCUAACUCCUCUGGGUUUGUUUCCCAAUGUCGAGACUAAGAUGGCUCGAAGUAUUAUUUUUUUAAUUAUUUCUUUUUACAUAAUCUGGUAAAUACUUCGCGCCUUGCGAAUGAUUGUUGCCCAUUACAGUAUGGAAACGGUUGACUUUAUAGGGAAUCAUAAUCAUCGUGUAGUGUGAUCCUCUAAGUAAUUGAAGACCUGAAAAGCCCCUUGUUGGAGAGUCAACUCAUAAUAACUUAACUAUAACCGACAAAGGCCUUUUUCAGUUCCACACUUCGACGAUCACACACAUUGAAUGAUACUAUUUUUUUUUCAUUGUGUUGUCCAACGUAGAGCUCAUUUUAAACUGACAUGCGACCGAUCUGAGAUUCUAUCGGACCCUUGUAAUCUUGUCUUCUUUUUAAUUUAUCCGUGUCCUUAGAUGGGUUUCCUGCAUUUCUUUGAAGUUAUAGUAGUUAUAAGGUCACAAUGAUAUUUUUUUAAUUACAAAAGUUUAGGAAAGUUAAGAAGAGUUAAGUUUCGAAUCCUUUCAAAUCCGAAAACGAGCUAUCGUGGAGGGUACUUGUUUCACAAGUUAAAACUAAAUACCAAUACAUAAAUGUAACAGAAAGAAAAUUCAUUUGAAAACGAUAGGUCAUGACAACUCUUCUAACAUCUCAGUGAGAUCUCCCAAAUUAACAACUGGUUAUUGAUAUGGCGAAUAAUUUUUCGACUGAUCAAUUUCUAAUUUUUAAUUUUGUGAAAAAAUAUUUAGUUAAACCGGUUAAAACCUUCAAAAUUAAAAAAAAUGGGUUUGAAAGAUCCCUCAAUAAAUCAUUAAUCGUUAGUUGUUUGAAGGCAGGUGAAGAAUUUUUACUUAUUUAUUUUUAGUGUCAUUGUAAACGUCAAAACCGCUCAACUCUUUUUUGUUUUAAGCUCAGUCUCUUUCACAAUAAAAGCAAAUUCGACUGAGUGUCAUAAAACCAAAACAGAAGAAAGAGAGAGGCUAACGAGAAAAAACCACAAGGAGCCACUGAAUAUGUCUUUAACGAUCUUUCAAAUUGGUCCCAGGCAAUUAGCUUGAGGCUCGAGUUGAUAAAGAAUUGUACUUUUGAAUAAAGAUCCAAAGCAAGUUAACUCUGAAAAUAUAGACCCGAUUUGGAGAAACAAUUCUGGAGUUCUGAAACCCUACCUUCCACUGUUUCAUUAAACAAAGUCUUUUUACAACUCGAAUUAAGUUUUCAUAAAUGAGUAUUUAACGUGUAAAUUCUCAUUUCAUAUCAUAUCGACCAUUUAAUUUCUUGAUGUGGCGAAUAAUUUUUGCUUUGAUAAAAUUAUGAUUCAAUUCAGUUCGAUCUUUAUUUUGUGGUGGGUUCAAACCGGUUGAAACCUUCUCAAACCGGUUGAAACCUUCUCUUCAAAAGGAAAAGGGAUUUAAGAUAUGAAUGAAUGAAUCAUCAAACGUUGGUGGGAGGGCUGGUCAAGAACAUAAGUGUGUUUCAUGACUUUAACCCUUUCACUCUUACAAGUGACCAAGAAAGAAUUUCUCCUAACAAUAUCAAUACAAUAUCAACCAGUUAGGUGAUGAGAAUGAAGAAAAAUAUCAAUUACGGGAUUAUUAGUUGAUCCAACACCAUCAUAACAUCAUAACAUCAUAAGAACUGUAUGGUAAACAGUAAGGACAAUUGCUUAUGAGAUCUUGGGAGUGAAAGGGUUAACAGUACUUCUAAGGUAAUCCUGAAUGUCUUAUCCUGGAGUCAUGUUCUAAUUAAAGCAGUUCUUGCGUUCCUGUUGAUUGUGUCGAUAGCGAAUUCCAUUGUUUCCAUAAUGCAUUUGCCAUCAUCUUUCGAGUAAUGAAUUCUAAAAUCAGUGUCGCAAUGCUUAUGAAACUGGUAUGAAAAGUAUAGUUGAACGAUUUAAAUUACCAAAUCAAACAGAUCAACUGAGAGCACUCUACUACAGUCUUGUAGUGACCUAAUUCAUCGAUUCUUUGUGGGAUGUCGCCUAACUCGAACUGAAAUUUGUGAAAAGAUACGUGCCAGAGAAUUUAUAUGCAUUGCCACAGGCAUCUUUCUCCUUUAAUGUUCCAACUUUGCUUUUUAACUUAGCUCAUCGUAAAUAUACAAAAUCACACGUUAUACUUAAGGCUUGUCUCUCUCUUUUGUGAAAAAUCAAUGAAACUACUACCUGAGCUCCGUUCGUAGUACCAUUAUGGAGAGGGCCUAAAUAACACAUGACGUAUUUUUGAAUGAACACGUGUAAAAUCUAACCGGUCGAUACUACAUGAGUGAUCUGUACUGAACCUCUUCAAGAUCAAAUUACUCAGCGUCUAUUGCACAUAUGAUUGAAUGACGUUUUGAAUUAGGCGAGUGACCUCUACUUCCUAAACAGGUUCCCUCCUCUCCAAUGAUAACAUAUGAAAACAUGGCAAACUUUAAGUUGUUGAGUUACCGGUAGAAGCAAAUUCUAGCUGCAACAUUUUCUGCCUGUUUAGGGCAUUCGGUUUCAUAGGUGUCACUGCUGUCUUAUUCCUCAACGAUAGGCAAAACGAGUAGUCCGACACUUGUGAACCGACGGCCUGGUGUGUAUUUUGUUCAGGUUUGAGAAGAAUUACGAAAAUCUUUGGAGCGAACAUGCAAAUUAAUAGUCCAUAUGAACUGACAAGUAUCAUGGCGCAAGUCAAGUUUGUUGCGUGGGAACCGCUCAGGCCAAUGUCAAUAGGGAAGUAUGCUACACUUGAAAGUAAUAAGAUGUACAUAGAAAAUCCAAUAUACUUGGCUUCGUUAAAGUUUUCAGGAAGUGUUCUAGCUUUGAAGGCGUAAUAUGUACAAGCCACUGCAAGAAGAGACGUGUACACAGAUAUAGCGAUUUGAAAACUCAUUCCAACGGACGAUUGAUGCAAAGAACACGAGAGAGGAAUUGAACCUCUAUUUGUCUGUAUGAUCCGUUGCUGGUGUGGCGAGUCCAAAGUAAUCCAUAACGAGCAGAAUACAGCUGGUGGAAAUAUUAGCAUCAGAACGAUAAAGGUUUGUCUCUUUGUGGAUAGAAUAAAGUUUUUGAAUCUCUCGGCCAUAACGUUUAUUUGGAAUGCACUGAGUAUCUUCAUGGUCUUAAUUAUCAGUAUGGAGAUGAUUGUUACGAGAACCAUGGGCCGCCAGCAGUGAAGCAAAGCGCACGUAAAGCUCGUAGGCUUGGUGAGGGAUAAAAUAGAGGAAGAAAAGGACAGUGCGAUUGUAAACAGAAGGAUAGAACUUAAUUCGCGAUUAGCUGCUUUGACAAGGGGAGUGUUCCAAAGUUUAAAUAGAAUGAAACUGCAAAUGGCAAGGAGAAGGAAUCCAACUGUGGUAAACAGAACGAUAAGGACAGACGCGGGACUUGACCACAUGACUUCUACUUCAGGAAGAUCCAGGCAUUUUGACCUCCGUUCAUUGGGCUUUUGUCCUCGGGGACACACGGUGCAGUUCAAAUCAUUCACUCCAGCCCCAACUGUUCCAACCGGACAUUUGUGGCAAGUCCAACAGCAAGGGGUCGUUGGUAACUGAUAUUCACCAGCAAGGCAAUCUCUAUGGCAGAAUGACUUUGGAAUAAUUUUGUGACCUGCCGCGGUAUUCCACUUUAUGCCGGAGACGUUUAACUGAAUUUCCUUUCGACUUUCAUCCCACGAUCCGAUGGCUAAUUUUAUUAAAUCGGAGUUUUCAUUCAUCUGAAAAUGUACAAUAUCAUAAGACGAUAUUUUAGGGUCUCCAAACUGAUCAAAUUGGAUUUCCCCAGUUUCUCCAUUAAAUGCGACUUGGCGAAGAUGCGCCUCGAGUUUCUUUGGAUCGACUGUGGGAUAGAUUUGACUUAAGUUGUGAAUAGCAAAGGCAACAGAAAACACGGCAUCUACCAUAUAGGGAAUGUAGCUGUUGUAUACCGAACGAAUAACUGUUUCAUUGGAAGAUGAAUUACCUUUUUGCUUCCAAAACUCUUUCCACCAAGGAGCAGAGGUGCUUUCCUCUUGUAAGGACUUGAUGGAUUCUUUGAUCAAGAAAUCUUGGAAAUAUUGAACAUGAAAAUGUUGAAGUUCAAUUCCAAGUGACCCAUGGACAACUCCUUUAUAUUCGUCUUUCAUUUUCAUAAGCUCCUCUCCUCCAGCCGUCAAACUAUCGCUGAAAAUCCAGGUGCGGUCGAACAUUCCCUGUUUGGCUGCUGCUUCGAGAAAUCGGUCUCCAUAUCCUCUUAUCAUCCAAAGCACCACGACACGAAUAUUUGAGUGGUAUUGAAGCUUCUCCACCGCUCUUACUAGCUUUGUUGUGUAAUUUUUUCUGGGUAUAUAAUCCACGAAAGAAAGACAAAAUGACUUUCUUGUGGCUACCUCGGCCUCUAAUCGUCGGACCCCAUUCCGACCGUAAGAAUCGUCCAUUGCCACCGCAGCCACGUAGCUCCAAUUGAAAUAAUCUAUUAUAUCGGCCAUUGCCCUCGCCUGCUUUUUAUCGGGAGGAGCGGUGCGAAAAAAGUAACUGUACUGCUGAGAGCUCAACUCAUCGCUUGUUGCCGAUGGACUGAUAAGAGGGAUUUCAGCCACUUUUAAAAGGCUGCCUACAAAGAUCGCAGCCCCUGAAUCGGUCGGACCAAUCACAGCUGUUAUUGGAGUAGGUUUCUUCUGUUCUGUGCUAUUCUUUAUUGCACAAAUGUACGUGGCGUUUUGAAAUUGUGACGCCAAUUCAUUUUUUCGGACAAAAUCGUAAGUGUGUUUCAUUGCUUUUAAAGUGCUUCUACAGUAGUCCCGAAUAUCAUAUCCUAGAGUCAAGUUUUGAAGCAGCUGUGGGUUCCUGUUGAUUGUGUCGAUGGCGAACUUCAUAGCUUCCACACUGCCAAGUCCUUGAGAGGAAAAAUCAUUGCAUUCGUCAUCACUGUUCGAGUGGUGUAGUGUCAUAAGCGCUCCAAGUGUGAUAUCGCCAGGCUGAUAAUAACGGUCCUCACUUGCCGAACCGAGCAACGACGCAUGACCAUAGGAUACUACCACCACUGAAAGUAACAUGUAGUUGAGUACGAACAUUUGCAAAGUGUUUCAGUCUCGCCCUGUGUAGAGGAGAAAAGGGAGUAAUUAAAAUAGCUUGUCGUUUUGCAAAAAAUCAUGGCACAAAGCAACAUAUCGACUCAAACAGAUCAACUGAAAAUGUCAUGUUUUAGCGUAUUGUAUCAUGGCCUGCAGCAGCGGAAAGUAACGUUUAUUCCGUGAUAAUUGGUUUACUGUUCCACAUUCUAAAAUGCCAUUUCUGUUACCAAAACCGGAAUUCUCGCACCAGAUCAUAAAUGUUUUAAACUUUGGCUUGGCAGAGUGAUUUUGAUGUUCAAAAACAAGCAUUGAAAAACGCCAUUUAUGAAGCAAUAGAGCAGAGUAAUUAACAAUUAUAAACACUUUUAAGCUCCCGGGAACAACGAUUUUUUCCGCAAUUGUUUCACGGCUCGUUUACAAAUUUUUUUUUACUUUGCUGACGAAUUCAUUGACCACAUUUUUCGGUUAUGAGCUCGGAGCCAGGUUACAAGACCAUAACCUGGUUCCGUUUAGCCAAUCAGAAGGAUGGUAAAAUUGGUUAAAAUAUGCGUUUUUAACUGAUUUACUUAUUUAUGUGGAGGAGACCUAGCCAGCGGGUGACGCAUUAGUCAAAAACAGGUGUGUGACACCCAAGUGAAAUUCGGCGACGCUAAAAACACACUAGUAAUUUAACAACGGAAUAUCAUUCUUUUUUUGGUUCUGUUGUUCUCAAUCAAGUAUAAUUUUUUAUUCUUUGCUUCUUUUGGUAUGUGUUAUUUUGUGAUGCACCUAACCAAUUUGGAAUUUAAGGUAUUACAGAUUUAAAAACCUUAUUUUUUCUCAAUUUCCUGAAAGUUUAAUAUCUAAUAAGACAAAAUAAGAUUUAUUAACUUCUGCAAAUUUCAUUUUGCUAUCUUUUUUAGUGAAGGAGUUAUAAAGCAAAAAGUAAUUUGAGAGCAGAAAGGAAGGCGCGAGAUUUAUGAUACUUCAUGUCAACUUCAUCUCGUCACCUAAUUAACGAUUUCAAACCACUAUUGCACACUGUCCAGGUUUAUACAGUCCGAAAUCGCUCAUUUAUUAUCAAGCUUCUUACAUAAGUUCUUUUCGGAAGCUAGAGAUUGGUUUUUGUAAUUCAAGUGUUGUUUUUGGGCUGGUAUCAUGUCCAAAAGCGACAAGUCUUUUUUGCCGCUCUGGAAAAAAGAAAAUUUCUUCGCAGUUUGCAUCGAAGCGGAAAUAUUGUUCACCGAUAAUGAUAGGGGUCUCUACUAGACUUAGGAGAUUCAGUGGCCAGACUCUAUUUCUAUCAAAGUUUCCAUAGGCGCUAGUUAGCGAAAAAUAUAGCCCACAGUCCAUCAUCAUUUGCGUGACAUCGCACUUCGAGCAUCGACUGUUGAAAAGCUGUAUUGCGUUUCCAGUGUAAGCUUUCCUUUCUCUACCUGACCUCUUUCCUCCUAUUUUUGCUCGUUAAAGCACCUUCCGUAUCGACACAAAUAGCUACAUAUUCUUGCGUGUAAUUCUUAACCUACUCGACCGAAGCUCCUUACAACUGUUGUGUCCGUUCUUUGCUUUCUGGCACGCUUUAGCGCCGACAGGCAAAACAGUGUCGAAUGGCUUGCUCCAUGCGAUUGGGUAACAGCCCUCAUAGGCGUGAAAUGGAAACGCAUGUUGGCAAACAAACACCAACGCUCCGAAAAAUUUCAAGUCACUUUUCCUCGCAAAGUGUUUCGGCUUGGUUCUGAUCUUUGAAGAGUUUAUUCUCGGCUGGCAUUCGGUUAAUUUUCGUGAUUCAUAGAGAUAAUUUCGGAAAUAUAAUGAACCCUAAAAGGCUGUACUGGAUUUUCGACUGUUUUCCUUAUUUCUUGACAUAGAGCAUCUACGUUGAAAACUUUGCUCAAAAGCGCUACUUUGAAGUUAAAAGAAUAAUUUAAAAAUAACGAGACGUUAAAUUACAAAUCCAAGACGCUUUUUUAGUUCAAUAUGUGCAGAUCACCUUCCGACAGAAAAGAAACGUUUUGAUUAAAAUGCGUCGUCAAACAAACUUAUGUUGUAAAACGUCUCGGCGUGAAAGAAUAAGCUCCCAUUCUGUUUCCUGAUAAAAAUUGUAGAAUUAAAUUACAUAUCCGAAAUAAGUGUUUAUUAAGCUUUAAAAAAUGUAUACUUUUACAGGGAUAGCGCGCACAAUUUUAACACAAUAUCAGUUUGAAUAAAAACGUUAAUUUUCCUUCUGUGAUACCUUAAGUUUGGAAAACUGCUUGCCAAAGCGUGAAGUGAAUGCUCGCCCGAUAACUACAAGCUUUUUCAGUUGAAGUUUUUGAACAUGAAGUACAGGAAAGGAGUUGCCUAUCUGAGAAUGUCUUUCAUCAGGCACCAUCUCAUUGUCAGAUAUGUAAAAUAUAAUUUUCUUUUUUCGAAUCUGUAGAAAGCAGCGUCUCCAUCUUUCUUUUAAUGUCGUCCUUCAUUCAAACAGCAUCAACAUUUUACUUCAGUCAGUCAAGUCGAGUUUUUGGCACUUGAAAAUCCCUAAUCCUAGGCAGAUAUAACUAUUGCGAGCCUUAUAAACGCUGAGACGCGUAUACCUUAAAUGUUGUAUUGGCCAACUUGUGCAAUAGAUACCUGUUUUUAUAGUUUCAGCAGUUGAAGAGCUCGAGUUACGAAAGUUGAAGAAAUAAGUUACGCACCCUUUUCAAUCUCAAAACGAGCUAUAGUGGAGGGUACUUGUUUCACAAGUUAAAACUAAAUACCAAUACAUAGAUGUAACAGAAGGAAAAUUUCUUUAAAAACGGUAGGUCAUGACAACUUUUCUAACAUCUCGGUGAGAUCUCGCAAAUUAACAACUGGUUUCUUACCGUUAAUUUUCGAUUUGUUUUGCGUUCGUUGAAGUGUUUGUAGUAUCACGUUACAACAAAAUUAUAAUGAAUAUUAAGACUUCCUUUUUUAUGACAGCAGCUUGCAAACGUAAGUCACAAACAGAAGAGAAAGCCUGCUUUCGACGUGUUUUGACAACUAUUUAAGAGGAGCCCUAUCCGAGGGAUGCAAUUUGACAGCUUAAACUGUUUCACUAAACAAAAUUUCUUUUAAAAUUCGAAUUAAGCUAUCAUAUAGGAGUAUUUCAUAUGUAAAUUCUCGUUUCAUGUCAUGUCGACUAUGUAAUUUCUUGAUAUGGCGAAUAAGUUUUCGCCGGAUAUAUUUCUCACUUCUAAUUUUGUGAAAAUAUUUUGUCAAACCGGUUAAAACCUUCCCUUCAAAAUAAAAAAAAGGGUUUGAAAGAUCCACCAAUGAAUCAUCAAUCGCUAGUUGUUUGGAGGCAGGUGAAGAAUUUUUACUUAUCUAUUUUUAGUCUCAUUGUAAACGUCAAAAUCGCUCAACUCUUUUUUGCAGAUAUAUAUGUGUUAAGCUCAGUCUUUUUCAUAAUAAGAGCACAUUAGAUUGAGUGUCAUAAAACCAAAACAGAAGAAAGCGAUAGGCUAACGAGAAAAAACCACAAGAAGCCACUGAAUAUGUCUUUAAUGAUCUUUCAAAUUGGUCCCAGGCAAUUAGCUUGAGGCUCGAGUUGAUAAAGAAUUGUACUUUUGAAUAUAGAACCAAAGCAAGAUAACUCUGAAAAUAUAGACCCGAUUUGGAGAAACAAUUCUGGAUUUCUGAAACCCUACUUAAAUUAAAUUGAGACACUUUCCACUGUUUCAUUAAACAAAGUCUUUCUACAAUUCGAAUUAAUUUGUCAUAAAUGAGUAUUUAAUGUAUAAAUUCUCAUUUCAUAUCAUAUCGACCAUGUAAUUUCUUGAUAUGGUGAAUAACUUCUUGCCUUUAUAAAUUGUAAUUUCGAUCUUUCAUUUUGUGAUGGGUCUUUCUAAUGAAAAUAUUUGUUCAAACCGGUUGAAACCUUCUCUUCUAAAGAAAAAAGGGAUUGAGAUGUGUGUAGCGAACGCACUGGCAAAUUUCAAAACGGUUACACGAACCAUACAAUUUAUUUGUAACCAGUGGUUUCUAAAACAUGAUUAACUUAAAUUACACUACAGCCAACUACCAACAAAAAUGAUUACGAUCACAAAGCGCAACAUCAAACGGCAAAAGACAACGCAAAACGUACCUGACGGUUUGGAUAGAAGGAGUACACGAGAUGCAGCAAAGAAAGGAUCAUAGCACGACAAGCUGCAUAACAUUAUUGUUCUUUUCGCGCGAAAAUUUCAAUAUAUAUAUAUGGACGCGAGGGGACUGAAGCCUAAUUUGCAGAUAAACCGCUGGCCCUUAAAUUUGUUGUAACAAUGUGAAUAAAUGAAUCAUCAAACGUUAGAGGGAGGGCUGGUCAAGAGCAUAAGUGUGUAUCAUUGCCUAAGCGUGCUUCUACAGUAAUCCUGAAAGUCUCAUCUAGAGUCAUGUUUUGAAGCAGUUCUUGCGUUCCUGUUGAUUGUGUCGAUGGCGAAUCCAUUGCUUCCAUAAUGCCCAGUCUCGUUAGGGAGAAAUCAGUGCAUUUGCCAUCAUCAUUCGGGUGGUGAAUUCUAAUCUGAGCCCUCAGUGUGAUGUCGCAGGGCUUAUGAUACUGCUAUGAAAAAUAUGAUUGGACGAGUUUAAUUACCAAAUCAAACAGAUAAACUGAGAGCAGUCUACGACAGUGUUGUAGAGACCUGAUUCAUCGAUUCUUUGUGGGAUGUCGCCCAACUCGAACUGAAAUUUGUGAAAAGAUACGGGCCAGAGAAGUUACAUAUAUUGGCACAAGCAUCUUUCUCCUUUAAUAAGAUACAUGAAAAAAUUACUCAGUUCUGACUGGUUAAGAUAAAUGCAGAUGUGAUUCAAUGCAGAAGAGGGUUGAAACAUUUCUAUUUAGGAAAGCUUUUAGUUUGUUUCAAUAGUUCUAAUGUUUAUUGCCUUUGAAUAUUUUAAUUUUAAUUAGUAUAGAACUUUAACUUAUGUAAAGUGCUUCUGAAUAUUGUUUAUAGUUUUAGCACAAUAUAAAUUCCUUAUCAUUAUCAUUACCAUUAAUUCAGUGCAAAGAAGUAACAAACCAGACCGAACAAUUCCUUGAACUGUUUAGCCGGACUUUGAAGUUUUGUGCGCGUUAAAAUAUCAUUGUAUAUUAUUGUUUUGAUGGUACGCAGUUGUCUUGACCGUAUUUUUUCAUGUAUAUUAUUAAUACGGAAUCACAUUAUUUCUCUCGUGCAAUUUGGAAUGAAUAAGAACUUUUUAAAAGACCACAAAUUGAACUGGCCCUAUGGGCUCGUGCAAUUUUGUUAGUCUGGAAAAAUUUACUCGUGCUUAUUUAUUCCAAAUUGCACUCGAAAUCAUGUGAUUACCUAUACUAAUGGUCCAACUUUGCUUUUUAACUUAUCUCAUCGUACAUAUACGAAAUCAAACGUGAUGCUGAAGGCUCGUCUCUCACUUGUGAAAAAUCAAUGAAACAUCUACCUGAGCUCCGUUCGUAGUAUCAUUCUACGGCGAACAACCUUCCCCCCCCCUCCCUCCCCCCCAAUUUCCAUGGUUAGUCUUAGCAGUUUUCCACAUCAGCUUGGCAGAGUGGUGUGGGUGUCCAAAAACAAUUAUUCCAAGAACGCUAGUGUCGAUUGACUAUUUAUUCAGCAAACAGAAAAUUAUUGUGUGUUAUCCAGAUUUUAGAAAACGGUAAAGUUGUUGGAGAUAUGCAUUUUUAAUUGAAUUCUGCAUUUAUGGAAAGGGCCUAAAUAACGCAUGACGCAUUUUUGAAUGAAAACGUGCAAAAUCCAAGCGGUCGAUACUAUGUAAGUGAUCUGUAGUGAACCUCUUCAAGAUCAAAUUACUCAGCGUCUAUUGCACAUAUGAUUGACUGACUUUUUGAAUUAGGAGAGUGACCUUUACUCCCGAAACAGGUUUCCUCCUCUCCAAUGACAAUAUUGGAAAACUCGGAAAACCUUAAGUUCUUGAGGUACUGGUAGAAGCAAAUUCUAGCUGCAACAUUUUCUGUCUGUUUAGGGCAUUCGGUUUCAUAGGUGUCACUGCUGUCUUACCCCCCAACGACGGGCGAAAUGAGUAGUCCGUCACUUGUGAACCAACGGCCUGGUGUGUAUUUUGUUCAGGUUUGAGAAGAAUCACGAAAAUCUUCGGAGCGAACAUGCAAAUUAAUAGUCCAUAAGAACUGACAAGUAUCAUGGCGCAAGUCAAGUUUGUUGCGUGGGAACCCCUUAAGCCAAUGUCAAUAGGGAAGUAUGCUAUACUUGAAAGAAGUAAGAUGUACAUAGAGAAUCCAAUAUACUUCGCUUCGUUGAAGUUUUCAGGAAGUGUUCUAGCUUUGAAGGCGUAAUAUGUACAAGCCACUGCAAGAAGAGACGUGUACACAGAUAUAGCGAUUUGAAAACUCAUUCCAACGUACGAUUGAUGCAAAGAACACGAGAGAAGGAUUGAACCUCUAUUUGUCUGUACGAUCCGUUGCUGGUGUGGCGAGUCCAAAGUAAUCCAUAACGAGCAGAAUACAGCUGGUGGAAAUAUUAGCAUCAGAACGAUAAAGGUUUGUCUCUUUGUGGAAAGAAUGAAUUUUUUUAAUCUCUCGGCCAUAACGUUUAUUUGGAAUGCGCUGAGUAUCUUCAUGGUCUUAAUUAUCAGUAUGGAGAUGAUUGUUACGAGAACCAUGGGCCGCCAGCAGUGAAGCAAAGCGCACGUAAAGCUCGUAGGCUUGGUGAGGGAUAAAAUAGAGGAAGAAAAGGACAGUGCGAUUGUAAACAGAAGGAUAGAACUUAACUCGCGGUUAGCUGCUUUGACAAGGGGAGUGUUCCAGAGUUUAAAGAGAAUGAAACUGCAAAUGGCAAGGAGAAGGAAUCCAGCAGUCGCAAACAGAACGAUAAGGACAGACGCAGUGCUCGACCACAUGACUUCUACUUCAGGAAGAUCCAGGCAUUUUGACCUUCGUACAUUGGGCUUUUUUCCUCGGGGACACAAGGUGCAAUUCAUAUCAUUCACUCCAGUGCUAACAGUUCCAUCCGAACAUUUGUGGCAAGUCCAACAGCAAGAGGUCGUCGGCAACUGAUAUUCACCAGCAAGGCAAUCUCUAUGGCAGAACGACUUUGGAAUAAUUUUGUGACCUGCCGCGGUAUUCCACUUUAUGCCGGAAACGUUUAUCUGAAUUCCCUUUCGACUUUCAUCCCACGAUCCGAUGGCUAAUUUUAUUAAAUCGGAGUUUUCAUUCAUCUGAAAAUGUACAAUAUCAUAAGACGAUAUUUUAGGGUCUCCAAACUGAUCAAAUUGGAUUUCCCCAGUUACUCCUGGAAAUGCGACUUGGCGGAGAUGCGCCUCCAGUUUCUUUGGAUCGACUGUAGGAUAGAUUUUGCUUAAGUUGUGAAUAGCAAAGGCAACAGAAAACACGGCAUCUACCAAAUAGGGAAUGUAGCUGUUGUAUACCGAACUAAUAACUGUGUCAUUGGAAGAUGAAUUACCUUUUUGCUUCCAAAACUCUUUCCACCAAGGAGCAGAGGCGCUUUCCUCUUGUAAGGACUUGAUGGAUUCUUUGAUCAAGAAAUCUUGGAAACAUUGAACAUCAAAAUGACGAAGUUCAAUACCAAAUGACCCAUGAACAACUCCUUUAUGUUCGUCUUUCAUUUUCAUAAGCUCCUCCCUUCCAGCUGUCAAACUAUCGCUGAAAAUCCAGGUGCGGUCGUACAUUUUCUGUUUUGCAGCCUGCUCGAGCAAUCGACGUCCAUAUCCUCUUAAUAGCCAUAGCACUACAACACGAACAUUUGUGUGGCUUCGAAGCUUCUCCACGGUUCUUUCUAGCUUUGUUAUGUACUUUUCUCUUGGUAUGUAAUCUGCAAAAGAAAGACAAAAUGUCUGCCUUUUGCCUGCCUCAGUUUCUAAGCUCCGGACCCCAUUCCGACCGUAAGAAUCGUCCAUUGCCACAGCAGCCACGUAGCUCCAAUUGAAGUAAUCUAUUAUAUCGGCCAUUGCCCUCGCCUGCUUUCUAUCAGGAGGAGCAGUGCGAAAAAAGUAACUGUACUGCGGGGAGCUUAACUCAUCGCUUGUUGCCGAGUGACUGAUGAGUGGGAUUUCAGCCACUUGUAAAAGGCUUCCUACAAAGAUCGCAGCCCCUGAAUCGGUCGGACCAAUCACAGCUGUUAUUGGAGUACGUUUCUUCUGUUCUGUGUUAUUCUUUAAUGCACCAACGAACCUGGCGUUUUGAAAUUCUAAAGCCAAUUCAUUUAUUCGGACAAAAUCGUACGUGUGUUUCAUUGCCUUUACAGUGCUUCUGCAGUAGUCUCGAAUGUCAUAUCCUAGAGUGAUAUUUUUAAGCAGCUGUGGGUUCCUGUUGAUUGCAUCGAUGGCGAACUUCAUAGCUUCCACAUGGCCAAGUCCUGUUGGGGAAAAAUCACCGCAUUCGCCAUCAUCAUUGGUGUGGUGUAGUGUAAUCAAAGCUCCGAUUGUGAUGUCGCCAGGCACAUGAUAACGAUCUUUACUUGUCGUCCCCGACGACGUCUGAAAACCAUAGGACACCACCACUGAAAGUAACACGCAGUUGUUUACGAACAUUUCGCAGAAUGUUUUUCCCUGUUACAAAGGCAAAUAGAGUUACUUGAUUAACUUUUAGUUACGAAACAAAUCAUCGGAAAAAUGACUUAUCGAGUUAGAGAGAUCAACCGAAAAAGUCACGCUAGCUUAUUGUCGCCUGGUUUUGGACGGCGAUAAGGAUUAAUAUAGACAUCGUGAGCGGAGGAGUCGAAUUUGAUGUAGUAUCGAUAACAGUAUAAAGUCCUUACUUUGGACUCAUCAGCGAUGUGUUAGGUAGAAAGUUUUUCUUUAAAAGGAAUCAAGCGAAAAAAGUCUGCUUUCGAUCUUGAAGAGACCCGAUUAAGAUUUGAGUUUCAAUCGAAAAAAUCGACAAAUUACAUGUAUUUCUAAUAUUAUGUUUGGACACCUGUUUGCGAAACAGAGAUAAUUUGAAUUUUUGAGCGUUACACAUAAAAAAUCGUUCUUGUUUCAUUUUGGCUGACGGCGGAUGUUGUCUAAGUUUAGCUGAAAUAUUAGGAAAAAUUCGCAUUAAGGAAUUAAGACGCAUUGUUAGACGAGUAUUUUUGCAAGACGAAUUACAUCUCUCUUUAAGAAACUUCACGGCUUUUCUGGUUUAUUUACCUUUUCAAGAAGUGUCGGCUAAAUUGAAGGAAACUUAGCAUAGUGCCGAAAGCUUGUCAUUUUUUUGUGACAAAUCAAUUUAAUUAGUUCCUGAGUGGUUCGUAGAAACAUUUUAAGGAAAUAUUUGGGUUGUAUUCCUUUCUCGCACUUUGGUCUACUUUUCAUACCAAAUUGGCAUUUCUGUGACUCAACCGAAGUUUUCGCGCUCGUUUUCUAUAGAGAGUAAAAGGAAAAAGUUACUAAGUACAGUUUGAUAGAUUGGUGUGGACGUCCAAGAACAUGUAUUUUAAGAACGCCAUCGUCGACUGGCUAUUCACUAACCAAUAACAAUAAAUUUUUGAAAACAGAAAAAAAUGGAAUGAGCACUUUCCUCUGAUAUUCGUAUUUAUGUGUAUUUAGCUUGUGACGCAUUUUAAAAAGAACAGGUGUAUAGCACCGUAAACAAGACUCGCACGCUUUUCGGCAGCAACGCCGACCCGUGCAUGCAACGAACAUUUAAAAACCGUAAGUGAAUUCUCGCCUGAUCAGCAAAACCUUUUUUGUGCUAAAUUUCGUGGACUUAAGUACAAUUAUCCUUUCCGGUAAUGUCUUUCAUCUAUUCUAUUGCACCAUUCUAUUGUUAAGAACUCUGAUAUGGUACAAUAGCGUUUUUUUAACGUUUUUAGUCUCUAGAUACUAUAGCGACGUCCACCGUCACCCACAAAAAAAUAUUUGUGUCAAUUUCUUUCUUAACUCAAAUAGAAUCAGAAUUUUUACUGCAAGUCGAAUGUUUGGGUUUGAAAAGUCCUUAUCCGAGGCAGGUCUAUCUAUUGCGAGUUAUCUGAACCCUUAGGCACAUGUACUCUAUUUGCGACAUAAGCGGACGUUUGCGAUGGGCAUUUGUUUCUGUAGUUUUGGCAGUUGUGGAGAACUCAACUUACUAAAGGUUAAGCCAUCAACGUAAACUUAUUUUUUAUGCGAGUUAACUUGAGAACCCUAGGUUAUUGAUUGGGCGGCGUGUAGUCGUGUCACAAGUAUCACCUUAAUUUCAGUCGAAAAACUUAAACUUGCUUAUUCUUAUGCAGUCAACAUGAAAAGAAGGAAAAUGUCUUUAAAACGGUAUGUCUCAAUGAUCCUUCUUACAUCUCAGAGCACGAAAAUUAACAAGUUGUUUUUUACCUUUAGUUUCCAAGAACUGUUUUCCCUUCGUUGAAGUGUUCUUGUUUUCACAUUCAAGUGAAAACACAAUAAUAAUGAAUAUUAACAGACUUACUUCUUCCGUAUUCCUUGACCGACGGAUUACAUGACCGACGGAUAGAAAAGGCUGCUUUUGGAAGAUUUUUGACAAGUAUAUUUGGAGUGCGGCAUCUGAAUGAUAUAAUCUCACAACUUCCUCCGUAUGACUGAUUUAAAGAGGAAACAACCCACUGUGCAUACUUCAUUAUGUAUAGAAUUGAAGGUGUCAUAAAUGAGUAUUUCAUAUCGACAUCAUUAUCACAUGUCAUGUCGAUCAUGUUAUUUCUUGAUAUGAUCUAUUUUUCAAUAGGGUCGCCAUUUCUGAGACAAGAAGAGUCUUUUUCGUAAACGUAAGUGUCAAAACCAGCUGAAGCCUUCAAAACAAAAAGAGUUUAAAACAUCAAUCGAUGAAUCUAAGAUCGUUAGCCUGACAAGAAGGGCAUGUGAAGAAUUAGCACGUUACAUUAUGUGUAAUUCUCUUCCAUAGCCAGAGUGCAUUUGGAUUGAGUGUCGUAAACCAAAACAGAGGUAAUAGCAAAGCAAAUCAAAACAAAGGAACAUAUCGUAAGGAGCAUGAGAGCAAUAAGGAAAAAAUAAACCACCUGAAGCGCGGGAAAACGCGUGCGACUAAGUCGCGAUUGCUUUUAGUUUGAAAUUUGAUUGGUUGAGAAAAUGGAGCGAAUUUUUCUGGGCCAAUCACAAAGCGAAGUGAAGCAAAGGAAUCCCGGAUUUAUUUCAACACUUAAUUCAAAAUUGCUCAUCGUCGGUGUAUGUAAGUACUAGCAAACAAUUUUAUUUUUAAGUUUACUCAAUUUUUUAGUAGAAAUGAAAACAGCCAAAAAUAUCGCCCCAUGUCGAGACUAAGAUGGCUCAAAAUGUUUUCUUAAAAUUAUUUCUAGUUGCACAAUGUGGUAAAUACUUCGCGCCUUGUGAAUGAUUGUUGACUUUAUAGAAAAUCAUAUCUAUCGUUUAGUGUGAUCCUUCAAGUCCUUGAACACUUUUCGGACAAUAUUGAAGAUCUUAGAAUACCUCUCUAGGUAGUUACUUGAGUUGUCGAGGAAAAUUUCCGUUGCAUGUUUUGUUGGUUGUAUGUUGCAUCUGACUUCACAGGUGCAAUGCCAGUAUUGCCCUUUCGAAAAAGUCCAAACGAAUAAUGCGACACUUGUGAACUUACAGCAUGAUGUGUAUUUUGCUCAGGCGUGAUUAGAAUUGCGUAGAUCUUCGGCCCAAACAUGCAGGUUAAUAGUCCGUAAGAAGCCACAAGUAUCAAUGCGCAUGUCAAGUUUGUUGCGUAGACACCUGUAAGUCCGAUGUCAAUCGGCAAAUAUGCCACCGAGGAAAGGAGCAAAAUGUACAUAGAAAAUCCAAUAUAUCUGGCUUCGUUAAAGUUUUCAGGAAGUGUUCUAGCUUUGAAAGCGUAGUAUGUACAAGUCGCUGCAAGAAGGGACGUAUAUAGAGAGAUGAUGAUUUGAAAACUCAUUCCAACUGUUGACCGAUGUAAGGAACACGUAAAAAGAGAUGUACCUUCGUUUAUCUGAAUGAUUCGUCUUUGAUGCGGUGAAUCCAAUGCAAUCCAUAAGAAAAAGAGUGCAGUGGGUGGAAAAAGAAGCGCCAGAACGAUUACUGUUUGUUUUUUUGUAACUAAAAUGAACUUUUUGAACUUCUCCGCCACAACGUUUAUGUGAAAUGCGCUGAGAAUCUUCAUGGUCUUGAUUAUCAGGACGGAGAUGAACGUAACUAGGACCAUAGCCCGCCAGCAGUAAAUCAAACCACACACAAAGUCUGUUGGCUUGGCGAGAGUUAAAAUGGAUGCUAAAAAUGACAUCGUGAUUGUUAACAUAAGAAUUGCACUUAGCUCGCGAUUAGCUGCUUUGACUAGUGGAGUCUUCCGAUGUUUAUGAAAGAUGAAACUGCAACUGGCAAUGAAAAGAAAUCCAAUUGUGCUGAAGAGAAUCACAAGUACUGACGCGACGCUUGACCAUCUGAAUUCAACUUCUGGAAGAUCCAAGCAUUUUGACCUCUCUUCAUUGGGUAACUGUCCUCGAGGGCACUCGGUGCAGUUUUCCUCGUUUAUUCGUGCGCUAAUUGCUCCAUCUGGACAUCUGAGGCACUUCCAACAACAGGGUGUGGUCAUUGACCGACUUGUCCCUACAGGGCAAUCCUCAUGGCAGAAUGACUUCGGAAAAAAACCGUUAGUCAUGGAAUUCCACUUGACCUGGCUAAGAUUCAAGUGAAGUCUUGGCUUGCGGCUUUUUAGCCACGAGCCAAUGAUCAGCUUUUCUGGAUUUGAUAUGUUAGUAACCUGAAAAUGGACAAUUUCGUAUGACGAUGAUUCAGGGUCUCCCAAAUGAUCAAAGCUGACCUCACCAGUUAAUCCUGAAAACUUAACAAAACGAAGAUACCUCUGGAGAUCCUUUGUAUUCAUUGGAAUGUUGUGUUCUCCAAGAUUCUUACAAUGUGAUGCAGAGCAGUUUUUCAUGCUGUGAAGGGCGUGGGCAAUAGCAUAUACGGCAUCCACCACAUAGGGAGUGUAGGUCUCGCAUAAUCUGUGGAAGACUAUUUCCUUGCAUUGCUUUUCUAGAUUCUUCAUUUUGAAACAGUCUUUGUUGUCCUCCGACAGCCAAAAUUCCUUCCACCAUGAAAAAUUGGUUAACGACGUCGAUCUUUCGAUCAGGAAGUUGCUGAAAUUGCUACUGUUCAUGUCAACAUAUGGAGGCUGAAUACCGAAUGACCCAUGAAGAAUUACUUGGUCUUCAGUUUUUAGGCCCUUGAACAAAUCAUCUUGUGUGGCUAAACCAUCACUAAGAAUCCAGGUGCGAUUAAACAGUUUCUGUUUUGCUGCUUCCUCUAGAAAAUGACGGCCAUAACUGCCAAAAACCCAAAGGACUACGACGCCAAUGUUUGGGAAGUCCUUCAGCUUCCUUACAAUUCUUUUUAUUGUUGUAUUAUAUUCCUUUCGUGGAAUAAAUUCAGCAAAAGAAAGGCAAAACGUUCUCCUAUUUUCAGCCUCAAGUUCCAGACUUCUCAUGCCGUUUUUACCAUAUGAAUCAUCCAUUGCCACGGCAGCUACAUAACUCCAGUUAAAAUACUUUAGAAUAUCAGCAACAGCACUCACCUGUUGUCCAUCUGGGGAAGCAGUGCGGAAAAAAUGAUGGUAUUGCUUUGAGCUCAACUCAUUGCUAGUUGCUGAGUGACUGAUGACGGGAAUUCCUCCCACUUGCAAAAGGCUACCAACUAGAACAGCACUUCCUGAGUCUGAUGGACCAAUAACUGCUGCAAUCGGCUUUGUUUUCUCUAUGGUCUUGUUUUCUACAUGUGGAAAAGCACAUCUGGCGUCGUUUCCCCGGACAAAAUCGUACGUUUGCCUCAUUGCCUUUUCAGGGCUUUCACAGUAGUCACGUAUGUCAUAUCCCAGCUUUAUGGUUGGAAGCAGGCUAUGAUUUCUGUUUAUCUCCUCAAUAGCGAAAAUCAUUGCUUCUGCAUUACCAAGUCCUUGCGGGUAAAGUUCGCCGCAUGCGCCAUCAUCAGUCGUCUGGUGAACGACAAAGAGACCACCGAGGGUGAUGUUACCAGGCAACUGCUGACCACUCGUCACUUCAACACUGGAAGUAAUACCGAAAACAGAAAACACGGUAAAACAAAGCAGGACCCAACUGAUCAUUGCAGGAUUCUCAUUUAUCCCCUGCGGAGGAAGAAAAUUGAAAAAUUUUUAAUGAAAAAAAAGACGUAGAAAAGAGGACAUAUAAAUGGAAAAUUUAAUAAUUUUCUCUAACAAUAUUCUAAGUUCGUAUUGCGUGGUUGCUUACUCAUUUCUUCACCAUGGUAAAAGGACCGAUUGGUGUUCAAUUCAGUCGGCAGUCUAACAGAAUAUCUUGUUCUUAUUCCUUGAGCGUGGGUUGAAUAUGAACUCGCUGUAACCAGCGUUCAAUCGAAAAUGUGCGAACAUAAUAACCCUUUUGUUAUUGCUGUGAAACAAAACUUAUCACAUGAGAUACGCAUCUCUUUACGAAAGGGGUGAAUUAACUUUUAUAUCCUUUUUGCCACCUUUUUCGCAUCAUGUGACGGUCAAUUUUGGCGGUUAAAUUGGACUGUUCAUACAUACUCCAUUAACUCAGCUGCGAGUGACAAAUUUCAUAAUUAUUUCUAGCCAGAGGGAUCAUAUCGAAGGCUGAAAUGGGUGGAAACAGUGAUGUAAACACUUUUACCAAAUUCUGUUAUUUACAAAUUCUGAUCGGAUUAUUUGCACAAAAUGUUAAACCUAAAAACGUCCAAUUUUUCGAUAACUAGCCGAGCAGUGAAGAGUUUUUGAAUUGAAGCUCAUCUACACGUACAAAAGCUGUACAUAACUGUGAGAUAAUGAAUUCCGGAUAAAAUAUUCCUACUGGAAAUCCAUUAAGGAAAACCAAUCUUCCCAACGCACAAGUCAAAACCAUUUCAUUAACAGAAUUUGCAUUCAUGUUUUAAGAUUACUAUCAUUAUUUCCUCAAUGGAUUUCCCUAUGAAAGAGACUUCAGGUGUCAAAAACCCAAUCGAUAAGACUAUAUUUUUGAAUAUUUAUCUUUUAAACGGUUUAGUUGAGGGUGAACUGUCCGAUCGACAAUCAGCUUUCUAAUUAAAAAUUUACAUAAGGUUGCGUGUGUUGUGUAGUGUUUGUUGUUUGAAGUGAAACGGAAAGUGACAUCUGUCCAAUGUUCGUCAAACGAACGGCGUAACCUAAGUCAACAAUUUAAAAAUUGGAUUCGGAAAUGGUAAAGCGAGCCAUAAGAUCCAAAGCUUACUGGUGCAUUUUCAGAGGGAAAUGCGAAUUGUUUUUACCAUAAGGUCGCUUUUGGAUCUUUUACAAACAGGUCUCAAUUAUCGGCAAUAUACCCUGUGUGGUUUCUCAGUCGUUCUCGAGUUGUUCUUUCUUAUUUUAAAAGUUGUGUAGAGGACGAGUUUGUUUAUUAGAGGUUUCACCUGGAGAAAAGAAAAGGUCUGCCACAAUUUCCUUGCUAAUCAGCAAAACGCAAGAGUAUUUUGGACAUAUCCCUUUUCUUCUCAGUGAGCAAUAGACAAUGGUGACUGUUAUGAAGAUGAUUUAGCCUGAAAUUCAAAAAGAAAGGUUUCACUUUUUUCCGUGUCAGACAUUGCAUAUGCGGAAGACAGUCAUCGCUAAAUUGCAAUGUACCGUGGAGAUUGCCGUUAAUCAGCAAAUUUUCCCUAUCUUUUCUUUUUUUCCCUUGUGCGGAUCCCCUCUGCUGAAUCUUCGUUUUAAGGAAUCUGUCUGUUAAAAUUGAAGAUUGCAAACCUUCAAUUUUAUUGCGUAAUUUUCCGUAGACUUUGUGAUCAAAAAUAGCUUUGUAGCAAAAUAUUAACUGUCUUUCUUACCUUUUGAGUCAGUACAAUAUGUUUUACUUUUGAAGCAGCGUUUUUAAGGGUGUAGAACCAUUAAUUGAAGAAAUUCAGUUACCAAAGUUUAGCCGUUGAGGGUUGAAAUGAUAAACAUUAAAUAUUAAAACAAGUCCUGAUGGAAAUAAGUAUUUCCGUCUUCCGGUCUCUAGCUUGACGUCAUUCAAAUAAACGCAUUUCAAUCAUAGCGACAUGCUUUGUUUAAGCCGCGGCAUGAUUAGAGCUGCUCGAUGUUAUUAAUAAGCAGUUGUAGUAGAAUUUCGUUUUGAAAUUAUUAGAACUAACUGAUGAAGUAUUUGAGACGAAAUCCUAGAAAAUAUGAGACACUUAUACAGGUCUUUUAUCGACUGCCUACGGCUUCCAUUUUCUGUCUCCAAAAGCCAUUUUCAUUUCGUCACGCGGCAUCCUCGAUAAGUAAAUAAUUUCAUCACAAUUUAAACAGCGCUGGUGUUACUCCUACUUUAUUAUUUAGGGAAAGAUUAUCUCCUUUUUUUGGCCGGGGGGGUGAGAUAUCUCAUUUAUGAGAUAUAUUUUGUGGGCAUACUUCACUGUCAAGUAUUCCAAGAGAAGCAAUGAGACUCGACACUUACACAAAUUUAUUACAAACGGGGAGCCAAAUGAUUGGGAAUUUUGACGAUUUGGCAGGCAGGUGUUUCCAGAAUGAACCCAAUAUCUAUUUGACAGCCCUCGUAUUUCACUGCGGCGUAUUUCCCUUUAAAUUAGUUGGGAGAAUUUGUGGUCAUGUCGAAAUAACACCUUCAGGCUGAAUAAAUUGCUUUCCCUUGUCUGCGAGAUGAAUUAUUGAAGAAGAAACAUGAAAUUUGAUCUCUUUGAAUUAUGUGAAUUGUGCUCAUGAGCAAGUUUUGAAUUGGAGAAAUGAGAAAACACCCCAUUAAUGACGUUGGUCAUUAUUUAAUUGUUUCGCUGUUUUCCUUCGCAAGGUAGGAGCAUAUCCACCUUCUUUGAGAAGCGCUCUUUCAAAGUUCUACCGUUUUAGUUCCAAAUAUAAUAACAUCAGCCUGUGAAACAAGAUGGUGGUGGAGCAAUGAGUAUUUGCAUAUUCGUUUGUCACUCGACGUCAAUUAAGUAAACACUUGAAAAAGGUGACCCGUUUUCAAUUUUCUCUGAGAGUGUUUGUCUUAGCCGCUGCAAGCUUAGGGCCGCCUAUUCCCAUUAGUAAGCAACUGAAGCGGAUAUUUGCCCCUCAGUUGUUACAACGAACCAACACAUUAUUUGCAACGAACUCUUAGAAAAUUUAAGACAUGCAUAGGUGUUUUUUACUAGCAGCAAAGGCUUCCUUACAGUCUGCAGCAUCCUUGUGAAGAAGCAAUGAUACUUAGCUGUUGCAUAUAUUAUGUAUUUUGUUUUAAGAGAUUAAAGCACUGGUGAAUAUCAGCGAGUGGUUAAGUACCGCGAAAAUUUGGUAGAUGUUUUACACAAUAAACCCAACUUCUGAUCACGAAUUCUUUCAUGUAGCUAAUCAGAGAUAAAAAGAGGGUUAUUUAUUGAGAUACCACCCUGAAUCAGAUCGUGUUUUUCUUCACCUGUUUGUUUGAUGAAUUUAUGACGUUAGAAAUAGAAGUAUUUUGCUUUAGAUGGCUCGGAAUUAUGCAACAUGUUGUCAUUAGCAAGUUUUAAGUUUGAUAAAUGUUGAGAAAAUGUCGCAUUAAUGAUUGCCAGCACGAAAUCUCAGUUUCACUUUUUUUUUCUUCGGUUAACAAAGUAAAAGAAUCUCUCUUUUUUUAUUGAAAGAAAAGAACAAAACCAUCUAUUUUAAUAAGCUGUGGUUUCUACUGUGUUGUUGGGUUUUGCCGAGGUUGCCGUAGAUUAUUACAGGUUGCUGAUCAUCCACAAGUUUGUUUGGGUGCGCUCUCACCUUUUGAGACUUCUGCUAAGGAUCCUCCUGAAAUUUGUUAUCUGGAAAGGUGGUGUGCGAUGCGAAUUUCUAUCAGUAGAAAUUCGCAUCGGCACCACCAUUUGUAAUGUUUUAUCAGCAACCUGGACGGCUACCUUUGACUUAACAGAGUCUUUCUCUUCUGCUUUCUACUUAUGGCCAUCUUUUCAAUGGCCAACGGGGCAGUUGUUCAUGAAACUCACGUUGUGGUCAGCGGCACUUGGGUUGAACCCUUCCACGUGAACGGCAUACUCUACGUUAUAAUUUGUCACCUGAGAGGCUCCGUGAAAAUAAAGCUAAACGCAGCAGACCGUCUAUUAUCCAAAUAUUUAAAAGUUUUAGUUAUGGAAAUUACUUUUGUGAAGCUACUUUUUUCGGGUAUCCUUUGGUACAGAGAGAAAAAAAGCUUUAUGUGUAUGGUUGAACAUCUAUGCUAAUCACGGAAUUUCAUUUCCACUCCGACUCGUUCUGAAAACGAGGCGACAUGCGAUUCCGAAAUGACCAACUCACGAUUUGUUUGAAGCUGCGGAAAGGAUCCUAGAAAUGCCAAAUUAUGUUGCUGUUGGUAAGCAAAUGGACUUGUUAAAGACUUUUUGCUUGUUUGUUAACUUGUUUUUGCAGAUGUUUGAGCCCCCGGUUUCAUUCAUAGAAAGCAAGAAACAGAAGACUUCGUUUGAAGAUAUUGAUGGAAGCAAAGUAAUAGCUUACUUGGAAAAAGACUCGCCAGGUUCAUAUAAACUUACGAUGUCUUCCUAAAACGUGAUUGAAUGAAUCGAUGAAUUUCACUCUCUAUUAAACAGUUUCUUUUUGCUGCGUCUUCAACUUCGUCAUGUAGCCAUUUUCAAGGGGCUAUCUGACAGUAUUUGUAAAAACGUGUUGGCUUUGUCAAAGGUUAACUGUAAAUGGAAUAAGACCUUGAGAAAAUUAUUUGCUAGAGUAGAAACUAAAAUUAAUUCUGAGCUGGUGCGCAAAUAGCUAAGCCGGAAUGUUUUGAAUUAGCAAGAAUUGUAAAUUUUGUUGAUUUUAUUUCCCUCAAUAGAAUUUAGAUUGUUCAAUAUACCAGAAAUGAUUUCAUGCGAGAACUGAACCCCAGAUCAAGGAACACUGUUCUUGCUUCACUUUCAAUGAAUCUCUGUGAGCAGAUCUGUUACUGUUUACCAUUGCAGUUUUUCAUUACAGGAACCUAACUGUAAGAGGCAGCGACGAAGAUUAUCAAAAAUUUUCUAAUGACAUGAGUUUCUAUUGCAAUGUUUGAUGGUUAUAUUUUUCGCUAAAUGAGCUUGGCCCUUUUAAUAAUUGGUCAAACUGCUUUCAGAAAUCAAAGCAUUCGAAGAAUCGGCCACGCAGUAUCAACCCUUGUUACCAUUCUUUGCUGUUUCUGAUAAGAAGGUACGUGAAUCUGCCCGCGUACAUUACUUUACAUUACAUCACUUUUACGUUGAAAUUAUCCUUAACCGUUUGCCCAAGUUGCAUACAUCUUGCACAGAAUUCGUAAUUUGUGAACUCUCGUGAGUAUCAAACUGAAGGCAGUAAACCCAUUUGAAAGCCUGAGUCUGACUUGACUUUAAAAUUUCUCCACAGCUUGCCAAAUCAUUUCGGCUCAAGAAACCCAAAACCAUACAACUCUUGAAACCAUAUGAGAAACCUGUCAAUUACCCAGCAGAUAAGGUAAAAAUUAUUUCAUAAAGUCAUAUCAGGUUCGGUAGCGGCGUUGAUAUGUUUUUUAAUGUCUCUGUGUCUUUAGGUAAAUGAUUUAGUAACCUCGGUCGCUACAUUUCUGUGGCCUGAAUUGAUUUCGUAUCCCUCGCAGCCGUUUCUGUGACAGACACCGCAAAGCUUCUGUAAGGGUCCGUUGCGUUGGAUCCCAAUAAACAGUUACCAAGGAGACCAGGACUAAUUCGAUUCAUAGAGAGGGAAAAACCUAGUACUUUAGCAAUGAUAGAAUGUUCCAACGCCACGAUCAGUGCGGCGUACUCUGUUGGCCCUUCCUUGUAUCAGCGAAAAAACUCUAUUUGCAGCAGGGAGUGCUUUCACUUUUUACACUGGUAGUGAAUCUCACUGUGCUAAAACGGGAGGAAGUGGAAGAAAAGGGAGGGGUACAUAUUGUUAUUUUCAAUUACUAGAGCUCCCUGUCGACAUGGUUUUCAACAAAGAUGUAGAUUGGGGAGAAAAAAUGUAGGAUUGUGUGGGAGGAUAUAGAAUAAUGAGUGUGCUGCAGAUCAUUCUUGGAAAGACUUACUGCAGUAUAUUUAUAAAGUUAAUCAAGGGGAUGAAAAUUAAUUACACUUUCUUUAAGAAAGACUUCCUUUCCAAAACUCUUAAUUCGUCCCUAAGACGUUUCUAAUGUUUCAUUUCAGACCAUAACAGAAGAAAACAUCAACAAUUUUAUUGCUCAGAACAAGAGGUGAGAAUUCAGAGGAAAGAGGGCGAUGUUUUCGUUUUUAUUGUGUUAUUAACAUGAGAACAGAUAAGUUUUUGCCCUGUUACACCGCCAGGAGUAAAUUGUAUUCAGUUAUUUUUAAUGGCAGAUAAAUGAGAAAUUGUCAUGAUCAGUAUGUCAGGUCAUCUAGGCGUGAUUAGGCAUGUACAUGUACUUAAAUGACAUACAAUGAUGUACAAUUGACCGAUACUGUAAUUGCUUAAACUUUUGGGAAUGAAAAAGAAAUAAUCGUAUUGCUUUUGCUCGUAGCCACCAUCAAAGAUAUUUAGGCAUGGCUGUAAACGUAUGAAAAUCAUAUAUUUGCACUGCGAUUGAAGAAACGAAUAUGGAAGCGAUCCUCGCAGUUAUGACCACUAAUUAACUAGUAGUUGAACCGAGGCCUGAAAAAAAUUCAGGCCCGUACAGAAUUUGAACCCAUGACCUUUGGGAUACCGGUGCAGCGCUCUACUAAGUGAGCUAACAAGCCAACUGGGAGCUGAUCAUAGUGACCAGCUCCUUUUUGGCUUGUAACCACCAUGAAAGGUAUUUAGUCAUGUUUUCUCUUUGAAUCCUUUGUAUAUUGCAGAGGCAUUUUAACGAAGAUUAGACUUGAAGAUAUACAUGAUACAUGGGUGAGCUCAUAAUUGAAUUUACAUGUGAAACGUUUUAUCUUGAAGUUAAAGGUAGCCGGAAACCUUCUAAAUGAUUCACAAUUUAAAAAACUUUGAGGAAAAAAUGAGUUUCUUCCUUCAACCAAUGUUAAACUUUAUGACACUCGUCAAAAAUCGCUUCGCAUUUGAGAUCAGUACUUCCAAUUCGCUGUUCCUAAGUUUUGGGACGUUAGAGAUUAGGAGUGUUACUUGCUUUCUAAUAUAGGACUCGUGAAAUUAUCUUUAUCCUAAACUCUGACGAAUCUUCGUAAGUUCGCAUCUUUUAUUGCAGUUUAUCACUUUGCUGUGUGUUUGAUUUGAUUUUUUUUCUGGUUUUGUUUCUUAGAAAAACACUUUACGUUGUGAAAGCAAUAUUUAUUCUAGGUUGUGGUUUGCUUAAGCCUAGAGUGUAUUUCUUUGAAAUAGCGUACAAUUUUAUUGAUUUUGACACCGAUACAUAACAACAUCUUGUUAUCUGUUGUAGUCAACUAAUGUGGAAGGUUAUUUGGUUACCGCUUUCGUGAGGCUUGAUACGAAUGGUGAGUUUUUCUUUUUCAAUUUCUUUUUUUUUCUCUGUUGAAUCCUUCUGCUGGAUUUUCAUCGCGACCAGUCUCAUUUCGAAAAGAACUUAUUAUUCAUGUCAAAGUGAAACCAAUAACGGAAAGCAUACAGAACGCAAGUACCAUUUGGAAAGAUGCGUUUGGGUGGUUAACUUAUGUAUUGGUUGCUGAACUUUGCUAUGGAGCAUAUCCGAAAAAAUAAAAGCACUCACUCGACGUGUAACAAUGAAACACGCAUUCACGAUACUUCACAAAGAGCCAAACUCUAUGAUAGUAACUUGGCUAUGGAAAUUGAUAGUUUUCCUUCCUAAAGGAAUCGUGACACUCAAAAAUUCAUUCAUUACUCUAUAUAAUUCUUAACUCAAUGAACUUUCCCCAUUUUAUUCCUUUUGAACAGAAGGUUCACAAUUCUUCUCUUUGGUAAAGUCGCUCGCCAGGCGAUACGGAGACGAAAAGAAAUUACAUUUCUUGUGGGUCGAUCCUGAUCCAUUCCCUACGGUGCGUGAUGUACGAAAUUAUGUGAUGUGUAUUUGGAAUUUACUGCUCUACCGUAUUUCAUAACGUUAGUAGUCUAACAACUAUCGUGAAUAUUUCUGAACUUGGUACUUGGAGCAAUCAGAAAAAUCGGACGAAAAUAACCAAAGACUCUUCUCCAAAUAAACAAUAGCCUUCACUUGGCACGAAAAUAUGAACGAGUUUAUCCGCGGACAUUAUCUGUCACGAGAAUAGUUUUCUAAGAGCGAAGCUCGAGGAAAACUGCGAGCUUCGAGGAACAGAUGAUGUUCAUGGACAAAUACAUGAGCAUAUUUUCGCGUCCAAUUGAGGCUAUUGUUAUCAUUCUUAAUACAUUUUUGCAACUCGAGGGAAAGAGUUCAACAAACAGCCUACUGUUUGCUGCGUGGGAUGUUUUUUUUCGGUGUUCCUAUGUACGACUUUAUGAACAAACAAAAAUGCCCCUUCAAAAAGCUAAACGCUCUCUCAUCUUGAAUCACAUUUAAAACGAAGACUUUCAUUUUCGUGGAUGUAAGGUUUGAAAAUUGGGGAAUAUCACUUGGGGUAUAUCCUCAGAUAUUCUCCAGUUUCAGCUGAGGCGUAUUCGGUCACGUGUUGCGUUUAGACAAACGCACGCGAGCAAAAAUAUUUGAUGGAUUAUAAACAUAUAUAACGUCUCAGAGAUUUCUUUAAAAACAGUUUUUUGCGGACUCUUUCUCCACAAAGGCAACACUGAAAAGCUUUAGAGUAAAGGAUAUAUCAGUCAAAUGGGAACCUUGAGUCACCCUGGAAUCAACGAUUGAAUGUACUGAAAACUGAGUGUAUAUUUUUUCCUUUUACUUCAGAUGCGUGAUUACUGGCAGAAGUCGUACAAUAUCGAUGUGAACUCUCCUGUCAUCGGGGUCAUUGAGCCAAAAUUUGUAAGUUGUUUUAACGAAGAAUAGAUAAAUAUUCUCUGAUAACCAAAGGCUACGUUCUAGCACAGAGUCUUCUGAGGCAGAGAAAGUUAAUUAGAAAUAUUUGAAAUGUAACAUGGAAGUGAUGAAAAGACAAGCUUAAGAAGGCAGACCUUCUGGCUUUUGCAAGCAGAGCCGAAGACUCGAACCCAGGACCUCUGGUUCGCGAGUUCAGUGCUCGAACCUUCACGUGACGUCCUCAUUUUCCUAUGUAGCUCAUACCCACACUACUUUACCCGUCAAUUUUAUGUUUUCACAAAAAUAACGAGAAAUAAAACAAAUAUCUUCUUUUAUGAAACAGAGCAAAAGUUCUUGGUUCGAAAGGAAAGGAAAGGAACUUAAAUUACGACAUCUCCAACAGUGGGUGGAAGAUGUUCUGGCGGGUAAAGUGGAGCUGAAAGAGCCCGCGGAUUCUGCGGGAGCGAGUCAGGGCCAAAAACGAGAAGAGCAAUUGAAGAAAGAAGAGCUUUGACCCUAGUUGCUUUUUAGUGUCUUAUAUUCAGCGUCCUGUUGCGAACAGAGAACGCUACCAAGCUACAUGUUAGGGAAAGAUAUGGCGUCUUAAUUGCGCUCAUUUGAUAAAUUAAACCGAGCGAAGAUUAUAUUAGUAAUCAAAGCUACGGAAAGGGGCAAACGCGAAUGAUAUCUGCGUUACCCAUCGAUCACCCUGCUUCUCCCCCUCCCCCAUCUCUUAUCAUUUCUGACUUUCUUUAGUCUUGGAGUAGUUUUUCUGAAGUAAACGUUAAUGAACAUUUUGAGAUGUUGAUUGUUAGUGAUUUUUCUUUGCAUUUGUUUCACAUAGGAGAUUUUCGAGCUCGAAUUCUCACUGUAUUUAGGUGAAACAUAACAGUCUUUGCAAAGUAUCUUAUAUUAAAGAAUUUUUUCAAUUUACAAAUCGCAAUGUUGUUAUUGCAGCUAAUUGCAGUUGCUGGUUAGAUGAAUCUUCAAGAUUUCUAGUGCUACGAAUAAAAAUUAUGUUCCCGAAAGCGGGC